AUGAAAAUUAUUACUUCAAAUGAAAUAACUAUAUUUCAAAAUAGAACAGUUAUAAAAAAAUGGAAAGCUAAAGUAAUAAGUAAAGAUAGAUGUCCAAAGGCUGCUAUUUGGGAGGAUUUUGAUCUUGAAGAAUCUGAUGGUAAAAGUCAUUAUGGGGCUAAAUAUGAGCAAAAUAGAGAAUUUGAUAAAGCUUUACUUAAAGCUUUUGUUAGUGAAGGA